AUGUCCACCACCACCAUGCGACCCCCCUCUUCCAACUCUCACUACCUCAUGGCCAGCGCAACACCAACCCACCGCCCCAGCCACGGUCUGCACCUGCACCAGGCUCCUACCCCCUCUGCUAGUCCCAACCCAGCUGGCCACGGGCCCGCCGUUGCUCCGGAUCAACACAUCGGUGUUCCAGCCGGUGGUAUGGGCGUUCCUCCCUCCGCCGAGGCCCCGGAGCCUUUGAAUGCGGCCCCGGAGUCGGACGAUGAUAUGGCCAAUGCUGGCAGACAGAGUGACAUUGCCCCCAUCGACCCAAUGGCCCCGGGUACCAAUGUUGCUCCCGUGCAGGUGCAUGAUAAGUUUGGCGCUGAUAAGGGUAAUUCGUUCUGUCUUGGUCAAUGCUUUGCCAGCCCCGAGGAAGCGCAGUGUCAACCACCUUAUGUGAGUAUAUUCCCCCCUGACGUUGUUUCUGUUCGAAAACGAAAUGGCUUGCUAAUUGUUUCCUCUCAUCAGAGUGACGCCGUUCUCCAGUCUGAGGGCUGCUAUUCUUGCUGCUUCUCUCCCAAUGAGGACUUCUAG